AUGAAAUUAUCUACGAAAAUGAUAUCUCGAUUUGCAAAGCUACUUCAAGACGAAUACGCAGAUCCUUGUCUUUGCUAUUGUACUCCCAACGGGUGCACUUCGGCUUCAAAGUACGUGCAUGCGUUCUAUGGUGAAAUUAAUGGGAUUAGUAUAUCUGAAAGAGCGGUGGAUGGGAUAAAAUUAACCGAAGCAAUGACUGGCCAUAAUCUAAAUACAGUGGCGUCGGGCCUGAUUCGUGUCAUGACAUUUGAGGAGCUUGGUAUGAAGCAUACCUGUUGUAGAUAUAGAAACAAAAGGUACUACAGCCUCCAAGAAAUCAUUGAGGAAGGGUUGCUUAUUCUCAUGGAGCCGGCGGAGAUUGAAGAAAUACGAGAGGAAGACCGAUAUCUAGCAGAACAGCUAGACUCUUUAAUGGAGGAGUUUGAGGCAAAACUACAAGAGAUGGGCGUGCCAUUGAGUAGCUUUGUAGAGAAUUGUUGGCUGCCAAGGAUGGAGGAGGUGAAGAAGGAGCGAGAUAAGUUGUCUGCCGGGGAGUCGCAAGCUAUGAAGGAGAUCGGCGUCGUGCUAGAGGAAUCCUGA